AUGGAGUUCCAACACGCGCACGACAACGGCAUCGACAUUGAGAAGAAAGGGUCCUUUGAUGUCACGCAGGCUCAGACCCCGCCUUCCGAGGAGGCCACCCAGACAGGAUGGUGGAAACAGUUCACCUCGUACGGUGUUGAACUUCGAGGAAUAGAGCCGGUGCCCGUUGAGCAGCGCACCGACACGCGGACCUUCAGUAUCUUUUCGCUGUGGUGGACGUUCAGCGUGAAUUUGCUGCCCAUCACCACCGGCCUCGUCGGCACCCUCUACAUGGGCCUGAGCCUCAAGGCGGCAUGUCUGGUCAUUCUCUUCUUCAACCUCCUGGGUGGCCUCCCGCCCGCGGCGUUCAGCAUCCUUGGUCCCAAAACCGGCAUGAGACAGCUUGUCCAGUCCAGGUACAGCUUCGGCCUGUACUUUGUGGCUAUCGCUUCCAUCAUGAGCAUGGCCACCGCGACCGGCUGGGCUAUCGUCUCCACCGUCAUCGCCGGACAGACCUUGUCCGCCGUCAGCGGCGGUUCUUUGAGCUGGAACGUCGGCAUCGUCAUCAUCUCCGUGGCCUCCCUGGUCGUUGCGUUUAUGGGGUACAAGGUCGUGCACGCGUACGAGCGGUGGGCUUGGAUCCCUGCGCUGGUCGCCAUCUUGUUCGCCACAGGCUGCGGUGGCCACCUGUUGGCGAACCAGGCACCGACUGCUCCCGUGACAGCACAGGGUGUCUUGUCUUUUGCAUGCACCGUCAGCUCGUUCACCAUGACGUGGGCGAUUAUGGCGUCCGAUUUUAGCGUCUAUGUCACUCCUGAUGCGUCCAAGGCGCGUCUAUUCGCCUAUGUCUACUGUGGCCUCCUCGUCCCUACCAUCCCUCUGAUGUGUCUGGGCGCCGCGAUCGGGGGCGCCAUCCCGAGUUUCGAGUCCUGGACGGCGGCCAUGGACGAAGGUUCGACGGGCGGCGUCAUGCUCGAGAUGAUGGAGUCGACGGGCGGCUUCGGCAAGUUUGUCGCCGUCGUCCUCGCCUUCUCCCUGCUCGGCAACAUCGGGGGCACGCUGUACGCCAUCACGGUGCAAUUCCAGAUCCUGUUGCCCCUCUUCGCGCGCGUGCCGCGGUACGUGUUCGCCGUGGUCGUGACGGGCGUCGUCAUCGGCACCGCCGUCCCCGUCAGCCACACGCUCCUCGUGUCGCUCGAGAACUUCCUGGGCGUGAUCGCCUACUGGGCCGCCGUCUUCAUCGGCGUCGUCGGCACCGAGUUCCUGUACUUCCGCGGGCGAGACUUCGCGUCGUACGACCACGCCAUCUGGAACGUCGCGAGCAGAUUGCCCCCCGGCUUUGCUGCCGUCGGCGCCGUCACCGUUCCCUUUGCCUUGAUCGUGCCGUGUAUGGCGCAGGCGUGGUACACCGGCCCGAUCGGCAAGAAGACGGGCGACAUCGGCUACGAGGUCGGUCUCGUGCUCAGUGUUCUGGUGUACAUCCCUCUGCGAACGUGGGAGAAACGCACCUUUGGGAGGUGA